AUGAAAUUGGUCAUUCUUGUAGCUUGUGCCCUUAUGGCCAUCACUGUUGCAGCUCCUCCAGAACCACCCAAGAUCGUCCGCUCCGAGUACGAACAAAGUCCGGACGGAGGCUACUCCUACACCUUUGAAACUGAUGAUGGUGUUGUACGACAAGAGACAGGUGUGAUCAAAGAGGCCUUUGAUGAAGAAAACAAACCUCACAACGUAGUAGUCGUUCGCGGCUCCUACAGCUACAAAAAUCCCGAUGGCAUCGUUGAGGCAAUUAACUAUUCUGCUGACGAGAACGGUUUCAAAGCUGAGGGAGACUCCAUCCCCAAAAACCCUCCCGUAAGAAGAUAA